AUGGCAUAUUGUGCUUAUAUGGAAGCCAUUAAAACAUGGCAACUAAGGACUAUUAUUGACAACCACAACUGUAGUAGAGAGCACAAAGUAAGAUUACUUAAUUCAAAAUGGCUCAGUAAGAGGUUGGAAAAAACUGUUAGAGAAAAUCCCAAAGUAAAAGGAGUGGAAAUUCGUGAAAAGAUAAAUAGAAAAUGGAAUGUAAGUGUAUCUAGAUGCAUGGCUUAUAGGGCAAAGGUUAUUGCUUCAGACAAUGUUGAUGGGUCUUUCAAAGACCAAUAUAAAAGGAUUUAUGAUUAUGCGAAUGAGCUCCUAGGUCGUAAUGAAGGAUUCACAGUGAAAGUCAAAGUUGAAGAUACUGGCAGUGAACCCAUUUUUAAAAGGUUUUAUACUUGUCUGAAGGCCUGCAAGGAUAGUUUUGUGUCCUGCAAGCCAAUUAUUGGGCUGGAUGGUGCUUUUUUGAAAGGAAAAUAUGGUGGUGAUAUAUUAACAGCUGUUGAUCUUGGUGGGGAGGUAGUGAGUUCAUCAUUUACAUUCAUGUCUGACCAGCAAAAGGGACUACUGCAAGCUGUACAAGAAGUGGUUCCUGGAAUUGAUCAACAUUUCUGUGCAGCAUCAGCAACCCAUCCACAAACAUGGGAAUCAGAAAUGAGAAAUAUAAAACAACUCAAUGAUGAGGCUUUCAAAUACUUAUUAAAAAUUCCUCCCAGAUACUGGUCAAGAUCAAGAUUUAGCAGCACACCCCAAUGUGAUACUUUGGUCAACAACAUGUCAGAGGCUUUCAACAGUGUUUUGGUGCAUAUAAGUUGGUCAGCAAACAAGGUUUUUGAAGUUCGCCAUGUGUCCCAAGCUGGGGACAAGUUUGUAGUGAAUUUAGAUCAAAAUUUGUGUACAUGCAGGAAGUGGGCUAUCACUGGCGUACCAUGUUGCCACUCCUUGGCUGCUAUGAAAUUCCUAAAUCUAGAUGUAGAGGACUUCAUACCAUGUUGCUUUAGGAAGUCAACAUAUGAAGAAAUCUACUCUUCAAUUGUCCAUCCAAUAAAUGGUAACAAGAUGUGGGAGAUUACUCCAUAUGUUGAUGUCCUCCCUCCACCAAAAAGAAUAUUUCCUGGGAGACCAAAGAAGAAGCGAAGGUUGGAGCAAUGGGAGUUGGUCAAGGACGACAAAAGAAUGAGGAAGGGUGGUUUAAAGAAAAGAUGUGGCAUUUGUAAGGACUUGGGCCACAACAGAACCUCUUGCACCAAAGCAACCCAGACACGUGAUGUGAACUCUCUCUAA